AUGUAUUAUAUAUCGAGAUUCAGAGACUGGCUGAAGUCUUGGUUUUGGCAUCAAGAAUUGGAAAUAUCGAUUGUCGGAAUUCAAAAUGCAGGGAAGACGACGUUUGUAAAUACACUAACAACAUCGGAGUUUGAUGAGAAUACCAUUCCAACAGUAGGAUUCAAUCAUCGAGAAGUCAAAAAAGGAUCAGUUCAGCUUAAAAUAUGAGAUAUCGGAGGCCAACAUAAAUAUAGGAGUAGCUGGGAAAAGUAUAGAGCUUAUUAUUGAAUUAUCCAUUAGUCUGAUAACACACUAAUUGAGGAUUUGACUAAUCAAAUUAUUUUUAAGCUAAUGAUCAAAUUGGACAAUUUAUUAGAAAUCUUUAUACUGUAGAAAUGUGGAUUGCAUUAUUUUUAUUGUAGAUUCUGCUGACUUUGGAAAUUUAGAUGUUGCAAGGACUCAGCUUCAUAAGCUAAUGUCUUGGCCUAGCCUUCAUGGGAUACCACUUUUAGUAUUGGGAAAUAAAAAUGAUUUGGAAGGUGCACUGAAUGAAGAAGAAUUAAUCGUCUCUUUGGGGUUGAGAUCUUUGAAUGGAAGACCUGUUACAUGUUACAGUGUGAGUGCCAAAAAUCAAGUCAAUAUGGAUAUCACGAUGAGAUUUUUGGUAGAUUUGUCAAAAAAUAAGAAAAAAGACUAA